AUGGGGAAGAUCACUAAGCCCAUGCAACCAAAGCACAAGGAUACUUUGUCUCUUUGGCUUAAGAGCUACGUCGAAACCACAUCAACAACGCCACUACCUCUCUUACCACAAAAGCUGGGAAGCUUUCCAUCUCGAUGGCCCUUCGGACGCGGAGAUCUUUACCACUGGAUUCCUCUCCUGAACCGCUUUGAUAGCAUCUUAGAGCACUUCUGUGCUACAUAUAAGCUGAAUGAGGGCCCACAGACUCGCGACUUUGGUUGCGAUGUACUGCUCAACCAAGUUCAAGAAUCGACCUUUGGUAGCGAGCGGCGGUGGUCAACGGAGGAGCUAAAGGGUUUGGGAUUUUCAUCAAACGGAGACCAACAACUAGUGGAGGUGGUCUUGCGCUAUACGCGAAUGCUACUGGAGCACUGCGGUAACCGAAGUAUCUAUGCCAGCAGCGCCCAUCUUAACGACCUUCUCAACACCACAUCUCUUAGCGUACUGAUUGCAACACUCGAAGUCGGUUCAGAACUGGCACAAAGGUACCAAGCCUCGGUCAAGCGCAUCACAAACCCCUCUAGGCAGAUCAGCGCAGCUUUGCUGGCAAACCACUACAACAUCGAUCUCGAUAGAGUUCAACAGCUUGCUCUACCUGUUGCGAAGACGCCGAUCGUCAGUUUAUCUGAUCCUGUAACAACUCAGACACCUGGCUCGACCAAAGGAAAAGAACGUGCACAGGGAGGAAGCCCCAAGUCAGCCAACUCCAUACAUGCGAAUGAUUUAGUUGCCCUUGCGGCCUCAGACGACAAACGGUGGCAUGGCUGGGGAGAUGUAAAGGUAGCAUAUUAUCCCCAGAAUACCCUGCAAGAUUCUGUUGGCAACGAUGCGUCGCUUCCAUCCACACCAACACCCCUGCGUCGUAGUUCUACCAUGACAUCCCAGCAUCAUACUCCGAAAAGUCGGGGUAAUUUCGAUGAUUCCACUCCAACUGCCCCCCGAACGCCCGGUGUUUCAGACGAGACAACAUCUGCUGGACCAAAGUUCUACGAAAUACCACAAUCCGUCAUUGCAUCGACUUCCGUCUAUGAGUUGGUGUCACGCACUCCCGCGGAUCUUCCACCCGCUUCGAAAUACGAGGUGUUCCACAGGAUCAGAGCCUCCAAAGCUCUUAUGGAUUCUGGUGAAUCGCGGCAGAAGUUGCUUGCUGUCCGCCUCUUAGCAAUCAACAAUCUUGCAUACAUUCAUAACGAAGCUAACUUUCUCGAGAAAGUUCUCCGCCAAGAUGCAGACGAGACCAGAAGAUUCCAGUUAGUGUACCAGCUUGCUGAGCUCAUUCAUCCUACAGCACACGGGAACGUUGACGUACCCCUGUGGCUUCAAGCUGUGGCCCUCGCCCUCCUGGAAGCCGUCUCUAAUUUCCAAGCCAAGUGUCAAGAUGUUCUCUCUGCUUUGAAUGCCAAUGUUAACCAUGGCAUACUACUCUACGUUAUCAGGAAGGCAGUUGCAGGAAUGAAGGAAGAUGACGAAAGUGACAAAGGAAAUCAAGUUACGGAAAUGGAUGAGUGGCGUAAUAACCUCUUUUCACUCACUCUCCAUCUAUCCAUGACCACUCGCGUUGGAAGCGAGAUGGUAUCCGCGGGAUUGAUGGACAUCUUGGUUGAGAUUCUAAACAUCAGGUCAAGUGUCGCGCAACGAAAUCAUUCCAUGGUCCUUGCAUUCUUGGACGGGUUGAUAUGGAGCUACCAAAACGCCUUCACUGCCUUCUUCAACGCCAAAGGACUUGAUGCAGUGUCUCAAUUGGUGGUUGAUACCGUCAGGGAGGCGCAGACUUUGCACAAAGCAGGCCAAGGCGUUACGAAGGAUCAGCAGUCAGGACAGGUGGAUUAUGAGAUUCCAUACUAUCAGCAGCAGACUCUCAAGUGGCUGCUUAAGUUUGUCCAUCACAUUAUGUCUAACUCAUACAGCUACGGUGGCAACACUGACCGGCUGCUCCGCAAUCUCGCUGACAAAACUGAUCUCCUGGAGAGCUUGCGGGACAUCAUUGGAGACAAGAAGAGUUUCGGUUCAGUCGUCUGGACGAAUUCUGUCACCAUCUUAAGCGAUUUCAUCAACAAUGACCCUACAAGCUUCGCAGCUAUUUCUGAGUCUGGUAUGAUCAAGACAUACUUGGAAGCUGUUACCGCAAGGCCGCUUCCCGGUGACGUAUUGGUCGAACAAAAGCCUAGCGACAAAGACGACGACGAUGACGACAACGAAUCCAACUCUGCAAAUGAAACUGUCACUGCGAUAGUUGCAAAUGACUCGCGACCGCAUCCCCCUCCCGAAGACUCUAUCCGGGAAUUAUCUCGCGAAACGUUGGCAGCAGGAAUCUUACCUUCCAGUGAUGUCAUUACUGUUGUACCACAUGUCCUUAACUCGAUAUCGCUUAACAACGCUGGCAUGAAGCUGGUAGCAGCAUCCCGUGCUUUGGACAGCUUCCUCGAGAUUUUCGAAAGUGCUACCCACGUAAGAUGUAUGGAACUCGACGGCGAUCUCGCCACCAAUGUUGGAGGAAGCUUUGACGAACUUGCUCGUCAUCACCCGGCCUUACGUUUGGCCAUUUCUAAUGCUGUUAUCGAUAUGGUUGCUCGCGUGCGUUAUCUCGGCAUCGAGAAGGCCAGGACCGCCGGGUGGGGUGCUCGGAUGUUGUUGAUUGACGAUGAGGGCAAGACUGUAUCCGUGGACGAGAAUGGCAACUUCAUUCGACCGACUGCAUCUGCUGAGCACAGCCAGGGACUUGAGACUUCUGGAGACACGGAUGUCAAUAUGUCCGAUGUGCCCUCCAACGACACGGAUUCCGAAGGCCAGAAAGAUGAUAGCCGGGAUUCACCCACACGCUCGAUCACUCCCUACAUAUAUGCUUUAGGUUACUUCUUAAGCUCUUACAUCUCAAACCAGGGCUUGAGGACCAGCUUUGUGGAGGCAGGCGGAUUGGAGCUUUUGCUCGACAUUUGCGAAUCCCCGAGUCUGCCCACCAAUUUUGGUGACACCGUUGCUUCGAGGAUUCUCAAUCAGGUCGUCUCUCAGGUCGUUGAGUCCUUUCCCAUACGUGGCCUCCCAUCUUUACUCAGACGAGCUCAAGUGGCUAUUGACACUUUGCAGCCUCUGUCUGAUAAGACGGAAGCUUUGCCACCAUACUUUGCACCUUUUCUUGCCUCUGACCUCAAAACGACAGACGAUGAAGCUGUCAAGAACGGUACCAAGAUGAUCAAGGCAUUGUCAAAUGCGCAGACGUUUAUUAAAAUUAUUUCCGAUUGCUUCGCUACAUCGAGAUCGAAUACUUUACAAUUCUACCCAGUCAAUGUUUACGAUUACUACCUCAAACUCGUCAACUCCAUCGGUCCCUUGUUGCGUGGAGUUCUAAUUGAAGAGGCAGGAGAACUCAACGCUGUCCCGCAGCAUUGGUCUUUUAGACGUCAAACAUCCGCCGAGGGAUUAACUAGCACACACCCCCCAGAAACCGAUUUGGAUGACAGCACUUCAUUGCCAGAUAUGCUAAGCAGCACGGCGCAAUUUCAAGCGAAAGAUGCUUCAGAUGACUCUAAGCCGACCCGUCCUACAGAUGAGGAGCAAGCCAGCCCCCGUUUCCAGAACUAUGAAACGUUACGACAUCUACUGCAUCCUAUGAUACCAACAACAUUUCCUCUGUUCCAAACGCUCGGCAAGUGUCUUUUGCCACGACGGGAACGAGAUCCUCGUGAUCUUUAUCACCGACCUCGGCACUUGGAAAUUGCACGAGCACUUGCAAAUGCAGUACUUGGCCAGUUGAGGCCAUCUGUUGCCAACCCAACACCCACAUCCAAGGACUUCCACUUCUGGAUCAUCAUGUUGCAUACUAUCAAUGAGAUGCUCAUUGAUCAGCCUUCUCCUAGACCAAGCGAUCGGGCAAGUGUUCACAUCAUCAUGCCUGUUCUACUGGCUUUCAAAGAAGAGGGAGGAAUGGAUGUAUUGAAUUCAAUGUUGAAGAUAUUUGCCCGGGCAGUUCGUGAAGGCCCAGAUGCCGCAACAGAUGAGACUUCCAGAUCCAAGGUUGCUGCAUUCGGACUGAAGAAGGUCCUCGACUUGGAUUUGAUGUUGGUCAAUUCGAAGCAACUUUCUGAAGCCCAAAACGCAUUCACUCUACAGCCUCGAAGUGGGGACAGGUCGUCAAACUCAACAUAUAUCAGUCAACAACUUGUAGUAGAGUUUAGGGCAGUCAUACUCCCUGAGAUCAUCGGACUUUGGGACUCUUCCUUUGUCGAAAGAGUACCCCACCAAACUGUGACGCGGUUAAUCGACAUUCUCAGAGUCAUUUCUGUUGCGGAUGGCGAGCCUUCAUCGUCCUCGAGAGAUAAGCCGCCUUUCCACCUUUUCAGAUACACGGAUGUCCGCUUCGACUGGCGUUCCCAUCGUGGCACGAUUGAAGAGCUGGUUGCCAAGGGCUAUGAUACUGAUCUGGUCCACGAGGCAGUGUACAGGGCGAAUGGAAACCCUAACCUCGCAGAACAUUACUGCUCAGCCCACAAAGCUGGACUUGCCGGCGCGCGUAACCCAAUCCCUUCUGCAGACUCUGACACAUCAGUGUUGAAACAGACUCCACAAGAGCCCUCAAGUGUCAGUGAGACUGAGGGUGCUAACACAGGCGGGGAAGCAGACCGUAUGUCCUUGGAUGGACCUCCGGAAAUUGAUACUCCCGAUCUUGCGGAGAGAUUUAUUGGGGAAACAUUAGGGGGCAUCAUCAAUACCCCUCAAGAUGUGGAUGAGAUCCAUGAAGGCCCGAGUUUGUCGGCAGAAACGCCCGGAUCUGCCGCAGAAGAGUCAAAAAGAAACGAACCCCUCCUUGCGACGAAAGAAGAGGUCGACAAGUUUCGGGCGAAAUUGCGAGGAAACAUGAUAGAUAGAUGCCUCGAUGUUGUUCGGGCACAUCCUGAAACCGCGAUCGAGGUGUCUGAGCUCAUCCGGACCGUGGUUUUGAAACAACAGCCUGGUGAUACCGAAGAUGAAAUCGGCCAGACCUUGACUUUGGCGUUGUCGUCGCUUGCCCAAGACGAGGAGGAAGAAAAGCAGCGUACCGGGAAAUGCAUUGCUGCUUAUGCCCAUCUACUCGCUUUACUUCUCCAGGAUGAGCGCUUCUUUGAUAACAGUAUUGAGAACCUAAGGGAACAUAUCAACGAGUAUAUUGGAUUCCUGAAGGUUUCCCCUAUGAACUCUACUGAAGGGAUGCCACCGUGGAUACCAUAUGUGCUACUGGUCGUCGAGACUCUCCUUCGUCAUGAUGAGCGUCCAGUUGCUGCGCAGUGGAAAGCACCGAAGUCCCUGGACGAGGCUGUUUCUGACCCAGUCAUUCAAAUGCGAACUCCGAUUGUCGGUGACCAUGAGCGUACCCAAAUCCUAGAAUCUUUGCUUGAGAUGCUCCCGCGAAUAGGAAAGGAAGAAACACUCGCCAUUGCAGCACUCAGAGUUCUGGUUAUACUGACACGCAGUCGACGACUAGCGAAGUUGGUCGGAGAUAAGAAGAACUUGCAACGGUUGUUUCUUAUGGCAAAGCAACUGUCAGGCUCCGGCUCCGAGAGAUUCAAACAAACCAAGCUCACUGCUCAUAUCAUGACUGUUCUUCGUCAUAUCGUGGAGGAUGAAGAGACCAUCAAACAGAUCAUGCGCGCAGAGAUCAAGAUCGGCCUCAUGAACCUAACACGAACACAGCGGGGGCACACUGAUGUUAAUAACUACUUGCGUGUAAUGACACCAGUUGCGCUUCGCGCACCGGACCUUUUCGUUGAGAUUUCCAACGAGAUGCUACGCUUCCCCAGGUGGACGCCCCUUUCCAGCGACAACCCUCGGUCGCAAAGUCUUGAGUUGAAACAAGAAGCUACCCAGUCGACUUCUGAUACCAGCGGUGACGAUAACGAUAAUAUUGUCGACGACAUAAAGCAGUCCACGGAACCUGCAGACAAGGAGAUGAUUGAUGCACCUAAAUCCCAUGAAAGCAAACGACCCGUCGUUGAGAAUCCUGAUGGUGUUAUACAUUUCCUUCUUUGCGAGUUGCUCAAUUAUCGUGAAGUCGAAGAUAAAGAAGUACGGGCUACUGAGAAGGACCCCAAGAUCGAUCAUGCUCCUGGCUCGGAAGAUGCAACAUCCGCUUCCAAAGACAACAAUGCCGCCGACGUGAAGGACAAGAAGCCACCAAAGCCUGUUUUCAAAACUGACGAGCAUCCGAUCUUUGUCUACCGGUGCUUCUUGCUUAACUGUCUUGCUGAGCUCCUUCAAAGCUACAACAGGACAAAGAUGGAAUUCAUCAACUUCAAGCGCAAUGCUCCAUUAACUACAAGUACACCAAUCAAGCCUCGGUCCUCGGUCCUUAAUUAUUUGAUUUACGAUUUGUUGUGUCAGGGCAAUCUGAGUGGAACUGCCGAUAGUAUCGCCGCGAAGAAGAAGGUCGCUACUUCAACACAAACCCAGAAGGUUCUGGUUGCCUUGGUUGCCAAGACUAGUGAGAAGGCCAUUGAUCGCGGAAAGGACAAAUUUGCGUACGACGACGAGCCCGAUCUUCUUUUUGCCCGCAAAUUUGUUCUUGACACGAUGUUGAAGGCCUAUGAGAGAGCACCUUUGUCUGAUGAACCUUUGGAAACUCGCUAUUCACGCAUGCAAUGCUUGGCCGAACUAAUGAAUUACAUGGUUGGCGAAAGGGACAAGGAUCCAGGUGCGGCUUCUCGAGGCUCCGACAACGUUCAAGCUCGGUCGCACGCUCAGCUACGAAGAUUGAUGUAUGAGAAGGGUUAUCUUGAUAAACUCACGUCCUCUAUUGCCGAAAUCAACCUCAACUAUCCGGGCGUUAAACGAGCCAUUAAGUAUAUCUUACGUGUCUUGCGUGUCCUCACAGAGACAGCCAAGGAACUAAGCCAUUCCAAUAUCUUGCCCUCUGAUUCAUUGUCAGACACUGCAGAUGAGGACCUUGGUUCAACCUCUUCGCUCUCAGACCUCGGCGAUGAUCGAGAAGAAACCCCUGAUCUAUAUCGCAAUUCUACCCUUGGUAUGUUGGAGCCUCGUGGUGAGGACGACGAUUCCGAUGAAGAUGAAGAGGACGACGACGACGAGGAUAUGUACGGGGACGAAUAUGACGAUGAGAUGGAUUAUGGAGACGACGACAUUUCGGACGAAGAAGAUAAUAUCAGUGACGAUGACGAAGAACUUGGCGAAAUGGGCGAAAUUGAAGGUCUCCAUGGCGAGCCGGGCGUCGUCGAGGUCAUCAUGGAUGAGGACGAAGAGGAUGAAAGUGAUGAUGAUGAUGAUGAUGACGACGUGGAAUCCGCAGACAUGGAAGACGUUGAAGAUCAGGUCGAGAUUGUUGAUGAAGAGGGCAACCCUCUAGAUGACGAUGGGAACUCGGAAUGGGAGAGCGCGAGCCAUGAUGACGAGGAUGACGAGGACCAGGAAGAGGAUGACCUAGACUUUGAUGCAGAUGUUCAUGGCGAACAUAUGCCUAUGGAACCAGGCGAUAUCCUCAACGGCAUGGCUCGAGCAAUCAUUGGUGAUGGCGACGUGUACGAUCCAGACAUGAUGGAUGGAAUGGAAGAUCACUAUCUUGAUGAUGGUCAUGACGAAGAUGAAGACGAGGAAGAUGAGGACGAAAUGGAAGAUGACGAAUACCUCUAUGAUGACGACUAUCCGUUGGAUGACCAGCCUCAGCCCAUGCCGGCUCUGGGAUGGGACGGGAUUGGUACCGAAGACGAAGAUCGUUACCGCCAGAUGUUCAUGGUCGACAACCCAGGUCGCCGACAAUUUAUUCCUUCUCGUACCACCGACUCGCGUAGCCCCUUUCCUCCCGGCUUCAUUGUUGGCUCUCAUCGGGACGCCGGUGGCGAUUUCCGCAGCUUCUUUUCGCGCAGCCAUCGCCCUGGGGCAGGUCAAUCUAACACCGAUGAUGGCACCAACCCACUCCUCAGACGGGGUGACCAAAACAGAGAAGCAUCUCAACGUCCCACCAUCAAUCACACUAUCGGUUUGCGAGUUCCUCCUGAAGCGAUCUUUGGCUCAGGUGGACGACAUAUCGAGGGAACCAUGGGAUUCCUCGGUGAACUAAUGGAAUUCCUCCCGAUCAUGGGGCGCAACGGACAGCCUGCCUUCCACCUGCAGAUUACUGGUCCGCAUGGGCACCGCGAGUCUAGAGAGCUUGGCGCCAUACGAACCUCUCGUUCUGAACAGAGACGCGAAGGAUCGGCUCAGGAUCCAUUACAAGCUGUGUCGUUCGCUAUUGAAGGCACGAUGGAUCGAUAUCAGGAGGAAGCCAGGAUGGUUUUUGGGGCCAGCAAUGCAACGGAAACGGCUAAGCUCCAGAACGUCAUCGUGGCUAAGCUUACUCCCGCAGCAAUGGAGUUGGAGAAGAAGCUAAAAGCCGAAGAAGCUGAACAACAGAAGCGCGAAGAAGAAGAACGGAAGAAGCAGGAAGAAGAGGAGCGCCUGGCACGUGAAGCUAAAGAGGCUAAAGAGAAGGCGGAGAGAGAAAUGCGAGAGGCAGAGGCUCGAGAGGCUGCUGAACGUGCCGCUUCUGAAGCAGCCGCUAAUCAGGACGUGUCCACUGAAGGCCAAGGUGAUGGAAGUGCGAUGGAAGGCGUCGAGCCGACGAACCAAAUACAAGCAGAACGUUCGGAGGCCACAGACCAAAACGCCGACGACGGCCCUCGUGUUAUGACCACAAUCAGAGGCGAAGAGGUCGACGUCACCGAACUCGGUAUUGAUCCUGAGUAUAUCGCGGCUCUUCCUGAGGAGUUUCGCGAGGAGGUCAUUGCACAGGCAAUCAGCACCAGAAGGUCCGAGGCCCGUGAAGAGACAAAUGGGAACCCGACCGAAGCUUUCCAAGAAUUUCUAGAUGCUCUUCCUGAAGAAUUACGACACGAGAUAGCUCAACAAGAGCGACAUGAGCAGCGCCGCCGGGCUCGUGAAGAAACGAACCGUCAAGCAUCCGCCAGCACUGGCCAGGCUGUCGAACCAGAAAUGGAGACCGCCGAGAUUCUCCUCAGUUUCUCGCCUGAUCUACGACAACAGGUUCUUAGGGACCAAGGCGAAGAGCUCAUGGAUCGACUGACUCCAGAAAUGGCGGCUCAGGCUCGAGCUUUGUCUCACCACAACAACGGCCAUUCCGUCAUCACAGGCCGCAACCCUCAAACCAGCACAAGUCGCCAGCCUGGGCCACCUAACCCCCAAGAAGGAGCAAAGGUACAGCGCCGAACAGUUGUUCAGAUGCUCGAUAAGGCUGGUGUCGCUACGCUCCUUCGUCUGAUGUUCAUUACGCAACAGGGUUCCAUCAGGAACCACCUAUUCAACGUAUUUGCCGAUGUCUGCGAGAAUAAGCAAACUCGACUCGAGGUGAUUAGCACUCUGCUUCAGAUCUUACAGGACGGUAGCGCAGACAUGGGGGCUGUCGAGCGCAGUUUCGGCCAGUUGUCCCUAAAGGCACGAAGACCGAAGGAUAAGGAGAAGGACUCGGAGCAGAAAACCCCGCAGGCACUCAAAAGAAGCCUGACCGGUCUACCCGCCACAAACACUACGCAAACCAAUUCCGAAACUUCGCCUCUCUUGAUUGUUCAGCAGUGCCUGGAUCUGCUGGUGGAGUUAUCAUCAAAGAACCCUCAUAUUCCGUGGCUUUUCCUGACAGAGCACGAAGCCGUUGGGUCAACUCUCAAGCGCUCCCUGAGCCGUAAAGGCAAAGGGAAGGACUCCAAGUCCCACAAGUAUGCCAUUAACUCCUUGCUGUCACUCCUUGACCGCGACCUUGUUAUGGAAAGCUCUGUCGUUAUGACCCAUCUGGCUGAUUUGUUAAAUCGAGUCACAUUGCCUCUCCAAAAUCUUGAACGUCGUCGUAAGGAAGCCGAGGACGAACUGAAAGCCAUUGAUUUACCGCCGGUGGGAGAGAUGUCCAAAACUGAAGAUCCUGUGGACCAAGCUUCGAAAGCGGAACCAACCGAGACGAGCAGCCUUACGCAGUCCAGCACCGAUGCCAAAGAGGACACUGCCACUGAUGUUGUUACCAAGAAACAAGAGAAGAAAGAAGCAGUCCAGAAGAAACUCCGACAGCUUCAGCCGCCUAUUGUCCCCGCCCAGAACCUGACAUUAGCCGUAAGGAUCUUUGUGGCUCGAGAGUGCAGCUCCAAGACUUUCCAAAACACCAUCUCGACUAUCAAGAACCUUUCAGCCAUUCCAGGGGCUAAGGCAACAUUUGGUCAGGAGCUUGUUCACCAGGCUCGGCUUCUUAGUGAGAACAUCGUCGCUGAUCUGGACGAUCUUUUGCCACAUAUUCAGAAGGCAUCUUCAGGCACUGAGAUCCAAGGCGUUGCUCUUGCCAAAUUCUCGCCAGGAGCAUCCGAGCAAAACAAGCUCCUUCGUGUUUUGACAGCAUUAGAUCAUCUGUUCGACAACAAGAAAAAGGGCGACGAGGCCGAGUCCAGCAAGGACAAGGAUGAGAGACACGAUCUAGUCACAUCUCUCUACCACAACUCGACCUUUUCGGCCAUGUGGGAGAAGUUGAGUGCUUGCCUGAGUGCCAUUCGCCAGCGCGAAAACAUGCUCAAUGUGGCUACAAUCCUGCUACCACUAAUUGAAUCUCUCAUGGUGGUCUGCAAGAAUACAACCACCAACGAUGAUCCCUCACAGCAGAAAGAAAUGGUCCUCUCAAGCCCGGCACCCGAGUCUCGUACGGCCAGCCUCUUCUUCAGCUUCACCGAGGAUCACCGACGUAUCCUUAACGAGCUUGUCAGGAGCAAUCCCAAGCUCAUGUCGGGCACCUUCGCACUCCUCGUGAAGAACCCCAAGGUGCUGGAAUUCGAUAACAAGCGCAACUACUUUAACCGCAGCGUCCAUUCCCGAUCAAGUAACAACCCGAGCCGACCCUCCUAUCCUACUUUGCAACUUUCUGUCCGUCGUGAACAGGUUUUCCAUGACUCAUUCAAGUCCUUGUACUUCAAGUCUGGGGAUGAGAUGAAAUUUGGAAAGCUCAACAUUCGUUUCCAUGGCGAGGAAGGCGUUGACGCUGGUGGGGUUACUCGCGAGUGGUUCCAAGUACUCUCUCGGCAGAUGUUUGAUCCAAACUAUGUGCUCUUCACACCUGUGUCCUCUGACCGGACGACCUUCCACCCAAACAAGCUCAGCGGCAUUAAUGAUGAGCAUCUUAUGUUCUUCAAAUUUAUCGGUCGCAUCAUCGGCAAAGCAUUAUACGAGGGUCGUGUUCUUGACUGUUACUUUAGCCGCGCUGUAUACAAGCGAAUCCUCGGCAAAUCUGUCUCGGUCAAGGAUAUGGAAUCAUUCGACCCCGACUACUAUAAGUCUUUGUGCUGGAUGCUGGACAACGACAUCACAGACAUCAUCACUGAAACUUUCUCUGUCGAAAAUGAUGAGUUCGGCGCUACCACCGUCGUUGACCUCAUCCCUAAUGGUCGAGAGAUUGCCGUCACCGAGGAGAAUAAGCAUGACUAUGUCCGUCUUGUUGUCGAACACAAGUUGCUAUCUUCCGUCAAGGAGCAGAUGGCUCAUUUCCUUCAAGGGUUCCAUGACAUUAUCCCUGCCGAACUGAUAUCCAUAUUCAACGAACAGGAGCUGGAGCUUUUGAUAUCUGGCCUUCCCGAUAUUGAUAUCGAUGACUGGAAGAGCAAUACAGAGUAUCACAACUACACACCAUCUUCGCAGCAAAUUCAAUGGUUCUGGCGAGCUUUGCGGUCUUUUGAUAAGGAAGAGCGCGCCAAAUUGUUGCAGUUUGUCACAGGAACUAGCAAGGUUCCACUCAAUGGCUUCAAGGAGCUUGAAGGCAUGAACGGUGUUAACCGAUUCAACAUCCACCGUGACUAUGGCAACAAAGACAGGUUGCCUUCUUCGCAUACCUGUUUCAACCAGCUUGACCUUCCAGAGUAUGAGAGCUACGACCAUUUGCGUUCUCAGAUCAUGAAGGCCAUCACAGCAGGCAGCGAAUAUUUUGGCUUUGCGUGA